AUUUACAAAUAUUUAUAUAUAUAUAUAUCUUCUUUAAAUAAUAUUAAUAAUAAUAUACUUCAAUAUCAAUGACUAGUCUACCAAAAUUCCAUUCAUUUGGCAAACGAAGCUCUGUUCAGCCCAAAAAGGCUCCUAAAGAGAAGCCAAGAGUCGUAAUCCGUACCUUAUCAUCCUCUAGCUUUUCUAUGGUGUCUCCAGCCACAAAAAUGCGUAAACGACUGUCGACCUUUUUGAAUGGAAGUAGUUCGACCAGUAACAACAGUUCUCCCGAACAAGGAUCCUUUAGACACAGUCUCUUUUCUAUCAGACAGAAUGGACCAGGAGAUUGUUCAGACAAUACAAGCACAACAUCGUCAGAAUCAGACCACACUCCAAGCUCCCCGUUAUCCCAAAAACAGCAACUACUACUACAACAGCAACAAGAUAAUAAUAAUAACAAUCAUGAGCAUCAUCAUCAACCGUCAUCAGUGCCAGUAUCAGAAUUUGGAGUAGUUUCGAUAGACAGCCACCUUGAACACCAUGCAAAUGACCCUGCAAUCACAAAACAACCACAGGAUGUCUGGUGUACUCACCAAGAUAUCUGGGUUGUUUCACCCCCUAAUCCCAUCAAAAACCAAAACCAAAACCAACUCCAAUACCAAUAUUAUAAUCAUCAUCAUCAGCAGCAGCAGCAGAAACGGCAGCAACCUCAACUUCAACCUGUCACGCCUCACACAAACCCAAAGCCAGAAUUGGUCCGACUGCAGCUUGCUCAGCAGGUCAGCCGUGUACUAGGUUCGGUUAUGGCCGAUGUAGAUGAGGAAAUCGAUCAAGAGUGGGAGAUAAGCAGGGCUGCAUUGACCUUGAGUCUAUCUCAUUGUGUUUAAAUUAAUUAUAUAUUCCUUUCAUUCUAUUUAUUCAAAUUUUUCCUUUUCUUUUUUGUAUAUAUCACCAAAACCCUCUCUAUCUCUUACUUUAAUCUAUCAAUCUAUCUACCCGUUUCUACCAUCCUUUUACUACCACAUUUUCCUUUCGCUCUCUCCGCACCCACGCACAAGCACACGCAUACGCAUACGCAUACGCAUACGCAUACGCAUACACACACGCACACGCACACAAACACGCACACAAACACACACAUAUAUAUAAUGUAAUUCAUCAAUUUUCCUCUCUUUUUCUUUUUUCAUUUAUUUAAUUAUUACUUUUAUUUUUAUAUUAUAU